CAGAACCACGAGUCGCAUCCUCGUGAACAUCAAAAACAACCCCAGACCGAAACCAGUCGCCUGCAACCAACCGCGUGAUGGCAAUGGCAUCUCUUUGACAUACUGUGACGCUUCCCCGACCUCGAAUUCGACUCUUUCUUGAAUUGCCGGAGCUCAGUGAUCAGCCCCAGGUUGUUCCCGUCAGACCCCUCGCUGUCGAGACCACUGCACGCGAGCAGCCUCUUCCCUCCUUGGACUCUGUCUACAUCUCUUAAACCAGACUCACCUGUUGACUUCUCGAGAUCCGACACAUGACGGCCAGGCACAACACCGAAUCUCUGUUUUUCUCCGCUCCCGUCACUUCUCCCUCCCGCCUACUGCCAAUACGAACCAUCGCAAGAUCAUAGAACACGCCCCCUAUCGACUACGAAUUAACCCCCGUCCUCUUACCUCCCGAUGACGACCGCUGUGGCGUCGCCCCCUAGCUUCCCAAAUAUAUCCAGGCUCAAUUGGAAUGGUCUAAGCGGCACAGGAGGUGGGUUUUCCGCAAUGAGCACUGACGAAGUGUCUCGGAUGUUUUUACCUCAGCGUAAGACUGUGCAGAGGAGCAAUUCGUCUUCAUCACUCUCAUCCACAAGUUCUUCUGGGUCAACGGUCACCCUUACCCAGAAUGACGGCUCGUCAGAACCCGCUCACGGACCAAAGAAAAAGGCAAGGGGAGGGUUCUGGCCUGUUUCAAAAUCGGAAUCGACAGCGAGUGUCUCCAAUGCGCGGGCAAACGGGUCGCUUCAGACCGCUAUUGGAAACUCUUUGGUAGGAAAGAGUCCAGUACAGCCAGCGCUGCCCAACCCAAGCCCUACUGCUCAAGUCAAUGGGACAAGGAUCGUGAAUGGAGCGGUCACUGGUGAGCCAGCGGCAAUUUUAGCGCUGUUACCGAUGAAUGGAACGUUCGAGAGGAAACAAAUCAAUCUUCCCUUCUAUCCAGAAGUACUUCGGAUAGGCCGACAAACGAAUGCGAAGACUGUUCCAACUCCGGUGAACGGAUAUUUCGACUCCAAGGUCCUGUCACGACAACACGCUGAGGUGUGGGCCGACCGGAGUGGGAAGGUGUUCAUUAGAGAUGUCAAAUCAUCAAACGGCACAUUUGUCAACGGACAGCGACUUUCACCAGAAAAUCGAGAAUCUGAGCCUCAUGAACUCCGCCAACACGACACACUAGAAUUAGGCAUUGAUAUCGUCAGUGAAGAUCAAAAGACCAUUGUUCACCACAAAGUCUCAGCCAAGGUUGAAUAUGUGGGUCUGCCUGGGACGACCAACAACGUGCUCGACCUUACUUUUGGCGACUUGGAUCCUUCUCAUGGCGGUGCUCUAUUGCCAUCACCUGUAAGUUCACCAAUGCUUCACAGUCGAAGCCGGCCCGGGGGACCGGCUACGAAUGGACGGGCUUCGGCACCUUCAAGCGUUGCAGGCAGCCAGAUGAGUUCGAUUGCGCAGCAACGGAUGAACAUGUGGGGGGCCACGCCGUUGAAUGUGGAACAACUGGUCAAGACACUCGCCAUGGAGAUGCGGGCAGCAAGACAGCAGGCGGAGGAACUCGACCAGGCUGGCGCUUUUCUGAACUCGUUGUUGACACCAGGAGCUGAGGCUCCUCGGCUUCAGCCCACGUCAAAAGAAGUUGCUCCUCAACGGCAAUCCAACGGACGUGCGAAAGCCCCCAAGAUGGAGCAUAUGGCCCGCUUCGCCGAUCCCCCAGCACCACCGCCACAACAACCGCUCCCGGAGAAGCCAGACACCUCGAAAGCAAGCCCUGUCGCAACUUCAUUCACGAAUCUUCUGAAGCGCAGCGAAACCGCCAAACAAGCGAACAAUGCGUCACAUUCUCCUACCAAUGCUCAAAACAGUCAAAUGCUGUCUCUCAUUGAGGCGCUAUCUAUUGCCAAAAAGGAACUCGACUCUCAGGGAGCUCGCGUGAAGCAACUGGAAGAUAUGCUCAGGCAGGAAAGGUCUGCCAGAGAGGAUGCUGAGGAACGAGCUCGGAAGCUCGAACAACAUGCGGCAUCACGACCAAUCUCAGCCGUUGAAGAGGAAUCAGAGACACCGAUAGAUUCCAAUCACGACAAAAAGGCUGUUGAAGAGGAGGCAGGACAUGACACGGACGGCGAGCUUGAUGCAAGAACGAAGAAUCUACAACAGAAUCUAGACCAAGUCUUAGGAGAGAUGCAGAGACUAAAAGCAGACGUGGACCAAUUUCAGCGUCGCGCAGAGACAGCGGAAGCCGAUGCAGCCAACGCCCGGAAAAGCCUCGCCGAGAUGAUUGAUAAGAUCCGAGAAGAGAAUGAGAAAGCAGAAUCGUCCGCAAGGAAGUCUCAUGAACGACAAUCAGACGCCCAGGAGGAUGAGAGCGCCGAGGGCACUGGGGCAGAAGUCGAGGAGCUGAGCUCGAAACCCGUGGUCAAGUUUGCACAAGCGAAUGGGCACGUCCGCGCACCAAGGCUACCUGAGCAUCUUGAACGGGCCGUGGCAACAGUUCUACGGGACAAAGGCGGCAAUUCAGACGCUAUUGCUCAGUCAGCACCAUAUGUGUCUAUGCUGGGGGUGGUCCUGAUUGGAGUUGGAUUAAUGGCCUAUCUCAACUCCUGGCAAAAGUCGGAGAGAUGACGCAUCGACGCAAGAAAACCGGGAUUUUCAUUUCGUUGGACAUACUACCUCCUUCAUUUCUUUAGUCGGGUCAUCGGUGCCCCAAGUCUCACUCGUUUUCUCUCCAGCAUGGUAUCGGGCGUGGCGUUAGAAAUGGACAGACUCAGUUCCAAGGGCGGAGAUACUGCCCAUGUUCGGCUGGGGGCCAUACACAGGCCCAUGUCGAAAUGGUCGCGGAGCACGGCGUCAAAGAUGUGUCAAAAUGGAGCGUCAAUAUCUUCAUGGCUGAGGCCACAGCAAACCAGCAAACAGAUUGUGGGCGAGGCGUUGGUCAUGGAAUGCAUGAGAAAAAGAUCUGGGCGGGAUAGGCGUCAUGUAUAUAUGCACGUCGAGUUAGGAUUGUUGUCAGCCUUAUUGCUCUUUUUCGAGGCCCUCGAGGCUAAGACAAGGUCCGACGAGUCCAGUCCAGCGAGCUAACAUGAAAUGAUGAUACGAGCUUCAAGAACCGCCACGGCAAGGCUUUUAGCGUAUUUUAUUCGUAUUGGAUCUUCU